AUGCGGACGACGGUCGUGCAGGAGAUCGAGCUGGAGCGCUUCGACGUGCUCAAGAUCCAAUCCAUCGACACUGUCUCGCAGUCCUUCAACGCGCGCUGCCUCGUCCGUCUCCGGCUCAUCGGAGCCAAGGCCCGCCGGGAGGCGUUCGUCACCUUCAAAGACGGCCGCGCCACCGAAUCGGUCGAGUGGUUUGCAAGGCAAAUCGAGCCGUACAACUCCUUUGAGCACGACUCGUGCAAGCUGAUAGAUGAGAAACCAAAGAUCACGGACGCCGGCGACGACCUUCUUAUCCAGCUGCGGUUCGAGGGGCGCUUCUACCAGCCGAUGCGGCUGCACGCAUUUCCCUUCGACUCGCAAGAGCUGCGCAUCGAGUUUCUCAUUCUCUGCCGCGUCGACGGCCCCGUACCGGCCAAGGUGAUCGUAUCGCCUGGUGUGGAAAGCAGCCUCGUGGAUAGGGGCUUCGCACCCCGCUUCCAGUGGCAGCCAACCGGGGGCGUGCAUUGCUUCGUCGACGAGCACAAGGCAAACGGGCGCAUUUUCCCCAAGUUUGGCGCUACGGCGAGAGUGGCGCGGAAGUCCCGCUUCUACGUCACCAACGUCGCGCUCCCCACCGCCGUCUUUUCCGGCCUCGCCUUCACCCUCUUCGCCGCGCAACCGUCGGAGCCUUUGGAACGCCUAUCGGUCGCCUUCACGCUCCUCCUGACGAUGGCGGCGUACAAGAUCACGGUGGCGGGCAUGAUCCCGCAGGCAGUGUCCUACGAGACCUUGCUUGACCAAUUCCUGCUCUGCAACUUCUUCCUUCUCGUGGCGAUGGCGGUCGUCAGCGCGCUCCUGCCGCAAGUGGGACAUGACGCGGAGGAUUUGGCCGACCGCGUCUGCUUGGCGCUUCUCGGCGCGGUUUGGUGCCUGAUCCAGGCGUGGUUCGUGGCCAAGGCGUGGUCGCGAAAGGACUGA